AGAGAGAGAGAGAGAGAGAGAGAGAGAGAGAGAGAGAGAGAGAGAGCGCAAUUUGGUAGCAGUCACCUAAGGAGUCCCGGGAACUUUCAGCGGGACAGCAGCAGUGGCGCAGCACUUUUGGGGAGCCUCUCUGGACUCCUAAAGCGUGUUGUCAAAACCGUUUUAAGUGGAACGCAGCGUCAGUGCCCUCCACCCCAGUGCAUCUCCAGGGUUCUUUAUAUCGUCCCCAGAUCUCUGUUAGCGACCCUCCGACGACACUUUGCAGACGUGAAAUUUUAAGCACGAGACACUUUCCCAGAUUCCUGAAACAACGAAUCCAGCAGGAACCUGGACAUGACGAGAAAGAUCUUUACAAACAGCAGGGAGCGGUGGAGGCAGCAGAAUGUCAACAGCGCCUUCGCCAAGCUGAGGGAGCUCAUCCCCACCCACCCUCCAGACAAGAAGCUGAGCAAAAACGAAACACUGCGCUUGGCAAUGAGGUACAUCAACUUCUUGCUCAUGGUCCUGGGAGAGCAAAGCCUCCAGCAAACCGGAGCAGCUUCACAGGGGAACAUUCUGCAGCUCUUUCCCCAACGGUCCCACCUGCCAGAUGUGGACAACAGAACUCUACUCAAUGACUACGGAGUUUCUGCCCCUGGCCCAAGCCACGGGGCUCCCUAGGGCUGCUGUGACUGGCCCUAAAACCCCAGAACUCUAGGCAGAAGGGCUUGCUGCUGUCUGUUCUAUAAAACCACGCGCA